ACCGUUUGAUGUUGUAGCAUCAUUGAUCUGCGCUAUCCGAGGUUUAGGUCAGAUAAAGCAUUUUUCCCCAAAGCAUGAUGCCUCUCGACAUUUUGAGCUUGAAUCCAGUAAAGUUUGUGAUGCAGCUAUUUCGAGGCACGUGACAUGUUGCAGGCUCAGAACCUGGACCCCGGUGACUCGUGAAAACAUUUGCGUCUCUUCGUGUUUGGGGCAAUAACUGAUAGGAAAGGAGUUUUUCGAGCGGGAUAUGUAUUGUAGGUCGUGCUAGUCUCUAACGAGGUCACAUACCAACAUGACAGUGGCCGAGGAAAGGAUGAUGACUGUCAUGAUGGUGUUGGCAAUGAAUCAUCAGAGCUCAUAUCCAACGUCUUUGUGCGUUUUCCUUCAGGUCGUUGUGUACUCGUGUGCUUGCCUGUAUGACACGCAUGUGUAGGUGGGUGCUAGAGAAUGAAUGAUGGUAUGUUUAAAAUCUAUGUAUAAAACCUGAGGGGAAUGUAGGCCCACAUGUCUCCAUUACUUGGGUAUACAGGGGGUGGGUAGUCGUGUAAGAAAUCACAACCCAAGGGUAUGUUUUCCAAGUCGAUGGUUUUGACUGGUCUCUCUGUAGAACAGCCCUGAAGACGAAGGUGGUCAUUAAGAUACAAGAAUUUUCUCACAGCACAAUGACCCCCCCCCCACACACACACACAUAUAGACUUUCUAAUGAUACAUACCAUAACCCCAAUCCAGACUUACAGUUUAAAAAAAAUAAGAAAAAAAUAAUCCAGCUAAAAAGAAAUCAUUUCUCGUAACAACCAGGAUGUUACAUUAAUAUCUUGUUACAUUGGACCCUAGAGAUCGUCCUACCCGUUUGAAGGUGAGCAUGAAAAGUACAGUCGACCCUGGAGUACCCUGGAGUCACGUGUCGGGACUGGUGAAAAGCGUGGUGUUCGGGUGGAUGUGACACACUAGGAGUUUCACCAUGUCCGUCUCCAUGUUCCACUCGGGUGUCCACCCAUGUAGUGUGGCCGUGGUACUGAUGAGCUUGGUCACUGUAUCGUAUGCUGACCUCACGCUGAGAAUGGUCAAUGUGCUGUACAGACAUGGAGACCGCAGUCCUACCAUGGUGUACCCGACAGACCCGUAUAAACUGACAGCACCCUGGUGGCCUCAAGGUCCAGGCUGUCUAACGCCGAGGGGGAUGGAACAGCAAUGUGAGCUCGGCCAGUUUCUUCGCAAAGAGUACGGACAGUUGCUGAACAGUACUUACGUACAGUCAGAGAUCCACGUACAGAGCUCGGAUGAACAGCGCUGUCUGAUGUCAGCUUACUGCAACCUGGCAUGUCUAUAUCCACCUACAGGUAGCCAGGUGUGGAAUUCCAACAUCAACUGGCAGCCCAUUCCUGUUCACACUCGGCCUAAGGAAGAAGACAAUACACUAAACUUUGUGGCGCCGUGUCCGCGCCAUUCAAUGAUGCUUAAAGAGGAGCUGACGUCAGAUGCAUUCCGACAAGAGGAGACAGAGAAUGCGGAGUUUUAUUCUAUGGUUGUGAACAACACCGGGUUGGCUUACGUGAAUAUUUCCAUAAUCUGGGGAAUAGCUGAUACUACAUUUUGCGAGAGAGCUCACAACUUGUCUCUGCCAUCAUGGGUGACUGACGAGGUCUACAACAAGCUGCAGAGUCUUUCUGGCUUGUUUUUCAACCUGAUGUUCAACAGGACUGAGAUGAGUCGUCUCAGGGGAGGUCCGUUACUGAAAGAGAUGUUGAUGAAUAUCAACUCUACGGUACACGAUCCAGGUAGUCAGACCUACAAGAUGUUUAUGUACUCAGUGCAUGACUUCACCGUGGUAGCGCUGCUGACAUCCCUGCAGGUGUUCAACAACAUGCAGACGCCGUACGCCGCCGCCGUGCUGCUGGAGCUGUGGUACGACGACCACAACCACGACUACGUGGUCCGCCUCCGCUACCGCAACGACACCAGCGUUGAGCCCUACAACCUCGUGAUUCCGGGCUGUAAUAAUUCUUACUGUCCGCUGACGGAUUUUGUGAAGUUUGCCCAGACCAGGAUUCCUGCUGACUGGGACGCUGAGUGCGGCAAUACCAGGCCGACCCCUGGGACACCAAGCAACAAGAAUGAUGAUGAUGACAAAACGACUGUGAUAGCUCUUGCUGUUGUCACUGCUGUCGUCAUCCUGCUGUGUUUGGGCCUCAUUGUCUUCAUCGUCUGUCAACGAGGCCGACGUCAGGCGAACUUUGGUUGAUAGAAGUGCAGUCGGGGACUUGUGACAACUGAUCUUGGCUAAAGAACAUUUUCAAAAGGAAUAAAAUUCGUGCCACGCA